GGGAGGGCGGAGCGGGGCGCCGGCCCUGGGGAGGGUGCGGUGCCGUGUGUUGGGCCUCGGCCCCGCGCCGGCGACCGUGCGGGUGGUGUGCAGAAUGCGACUGUGUAGACGCUGCUUCCCGCGGCUGGCACAGCAAGAGGGCCUGUGCGCCCACCCCUGGCGUGUCUCUGGGUGGGGCCCGGCCCCUGGGGUGCGUGGGUGCCCGCGAGCAUGCGGGUGGGGGCACGCCAGCCACCUGGUUUGGGGCGGCUGGGCCUGGAGCGCGCACCUUCUCCAGGUGCCUCUAGGGAAGUGCGGGCAGACCCUCCUCGGUGGCGGAAGCUCGAGCAAGCUCGAGCGGGUGGGUCCUUGGGCCUCUAACCCAGGGUUGCCCGGGAGCCCUUUCCUGCCACAGCUUUUCUCCUGGGCAGCUCGCUCAUGAAGGCUGCUCUCUGUGCUGGACAGGCUUUGUCCCCUCCAGACACUCCCUCUCGGAGUGAUCCUGCGGCAGUGCCCAGCCGGCCCGGCCCGAGCCUUCCUCAGGCGUGUGCUGCUGGGUGAAGGUUGCCACACCCAUUCUGCAAUGAGGGAUUUCUGAGGUGGUUGCCGCAGCCGGUGCCUGGGGGCUAAGGUGCAUGUUUAACAGGUUUUCCUCCUGACCACUUACCUUUGCCUUUCCUGUUUUUGCUGGAAGCAGAAGGGGGGCCUUGUGUGGAUGCGCCAAGUGUGGUCUGAGAUGGGGCCUGCCUCGGUCUUUCCCCUUGGCACACACCAAGAGGCCUGGCUCCUGUGCUGCGGCCACAUAGCAAGAGUUGGAAUCUCUGACCAAGAGACCCAGCUGUGUCUUUGGCCAGGUCAGCCUGGAGUUUCUGCAGACCCGGGAGCUUUUACUGAGUGACAUUGGUUGAUGCUGCGCAGGAACCGCAGCAGCAGGAACUCCUGCACUGGCCUCGGGCAUUGGCCACUGACAAUGUUGGCGUCAGUUGGAGCAGGAGAGAGAACAUCAAAGUGUCAUCCACUGAGCACCAGGGGUCUUGGCUGCCUCUAUGGUCCUGUCCUUGAUCUUGUCCCAAAACAUCUUCCCAGGGAGCCUUAGGGUGAAACCAGAGCCUUCUCCAUGGUUUUUAAGGCAGACGGGCAUGCCAUUCUGGGUGUUCAGAAUGCUGACUGCGAACCUGUGUGUAUGUCGUACACGAGUGCCUGCCUGUGUGUGCAUAUCCUCCCAAGUUAGGUUCAAGUAGACUGGGAAGCAGUGCGGCAAUGGAAGCGCUGGGGACACUGGUGCUGGCCGGGCCCUAGGAUGGCACGAAGGUGGGAGCGGUUGGGAGUGAGUCUAGGUGCCUUAGCGGCUUCCUCAGAGCCCCGCCAGAGCCAGUCCCCUGGCACCGUGAGCAGAAGCCACUCCUGUUGGAAGGGGGAGAAGUUAUUCACAGUCGUUCCAGACACCACAUUUAGUCUCCACAAAACCCUGCAGGGUGGGAUUUACUCCUUUACCCUGCUUUUCAGAUUGGGGAAACUGAGGCUCAAAGAGGUUUAGGCGUCCACCUGAAGGAAGAGGAAGAGCCAGGUGGGAAGCAGACGUCUUGCUGCCUGCUCACCCUGGGCUGGCUGCACAGGGUCAGCUCCCAUCACUCCCUGCGAGGGCCCUUUCUUUGCGAUGGAGGGUGUGGGACACCUCCUUUCCUUGGAGGUGACCUGGUUGUUUGCCUCAGAGCCCUUCCUUCUGUUAGGGCUGGGAAGGCCAGGUGGUAGGAGGAAUUCGCUGUCGGAGUUCAGCUCUGGGUUCUUGGACAUUUCUGAGCUGUUCCAGGUCUCAGCUUGUGGAGUGGAUGAGGAAAGGAAUCAACAGAUGCGUCACACCCCCACUCCUCUGGGUCUUUGUCAUCACUGUUCUCUGGGUCACGGCUAGCCCUGGUCACUGGGUAGCCCCCUGGUGAGGCAGGCACAGGCGGCUCUUGUCACUGAUGGCUUCUCAUUGUGCCGGGUAGGGUAUGAUGGCACCCCAGCCUCAUUCCUCCCGUUUCCUCAGGGGGCCAGGGCCUGGCUUGGUUCUUUAAGGCCUUGCUCCCUAGGAGGGUCCAGGGUAGUGGAGCUCAGCCAGGGGCUGGGUAGGCUGUUCAGGUGGGGCCUUCUUGGUGUUCUUGGACCUGCAGCUGGGGGGUUGUCUGCCUACCGACCACAGCCUUCCUAGUCAGCAGUGCACUUCCUGUCCUCCCUCUCGGGCAGUCAUGAGCACCAGCCACCCUGAGCCCAGUGCCCGGGCACGGAGCCCCCAGCCAAGAUCCCUGUCCCGGAGCUCGUCCAGCCUGCUGGGUGAUGGCCGGGGACAGAGGCCAGAGCUCCGAAAGAGUGCCAGCAGCACUGUCUGGCAAGCCCAGCGGGGCGCCAGCACCAGUCCCCAGGUCCAGGAGGAAGAGGGGCACCCAGCUGAGAGCACAGAGCAGGCCCAGGGCCCUGGCCCUGGGACACAGCCCGGUGUCAGAGGCCACUGGCGGAGCAGCACUGUGGGCAACGUGUCUACUGUGGAUGGUGGUGACCUGUGUCGCCUGAGGGUCCCCAGCGCCGCUGCCGUGCAGAGGAGCCACUCAGAUCUGGUCCGCCCACAGACCCGGGGCCACAGUGGGGCUCGGAGGGCCAGCCUCAGCUGCUCAGCCCUGGGCAGCUCGCCGGUCCACAGGGCACGGCUGCAGCCUGGCGGCACUUCUGGCCAGGGUGGUCAGGCCCCUGCAGGCCCAGGAAGGGACCUGGCUCCAGAGGAUGGGACGUCAAGCUCAGCCUGGACCCUGGGAGAGAGUCAGGUGUGGGUGUCGCCAGUCGACCUGGGAGGCACGCCCACCCACAGCAGCAGCCCCAAGGCCAGGCCCAAAGCCACUGGGCAGUCAGCCGCCACCUCCUGCCGUGCUCUGCCCCCAGCAGCUCUACUCUGUGACAUGAGGGAGGAGGGCGCUCGAGGCUCCUGCCAUGCUCUGCCUGCCCCGGGGAUCCUGGCCUUUCCCAAACUAGUAGCAUCAGUGAGUGAGUCUGGGCUGCAGGCUCAGCGUGGCAUGAAGUUCCAGUGUGGGUUACCUGGGGGGCAUCCUGGGCAUUCCCCCUGCUGUGCCCAUCCUUGGGGUCCCACUGGCUCAGGUAUGGAGCCUGGUGCGAGGACCAAAGAUGUGUGGACCAUGACCUCAGCCAGUGACUUGGCCCCAGUGCUGGUGUCCCCUCUGUCAGCCCAGGAUGCUGGUGUGCAGGUGGCCCCCAUGGCAGUGUGCAAGGCUGUGGCCACCAGCCCGCCCCUGGAAGUCCCGGUGGCCCUGCACCCAUUCCCGGAGGUAACUCUGGGGUCCAGGCUGGAGGAGGCGGCGUCCCCUGUCCGGGAUGUGAGGUGGGAUGCUGAAGGCAUGACGUGGGAGGUGUACGGGGCUGCAGUGGACCCUGAGGUGCUUGGUGUGGCCAUUCAGAAGCACCUGGAGAUGCAGUUUGAGCAGCUGCAGCUGGCACCUGCCAGUGAGGACAGCCUGUCCUCAGAGGGCCGGAGGGGGCCGCUGCGGGCUGUCAUGCAGUCGCUGAGGCGCCCCAGCUGCUGCGGCUGCCCCAGCACAGCCCCAGAGUGAGGAGUUGUGGCCCCAAGGGCUGCCCUGCCCCCGGACUCAGCCCCCCUACCAGGGACAGUGGGGGCUCCAUGCCCUUUGGACCCACUGGCAGCCGUGGAUACGUCUUUGCUGUCAGCUGCCAGCAGAUGCAGGACUUCAGCCUGGGGACUUGCUAGGGCAGCUGGACUGGUUUUUAAGGGCUUGAUUCCCACGGGCCACAUCUGCAUCUUGGGCGCUGAACUUUGGGGCAGUUUCAGCACCAUGUACAAGGGAGGGCCUGAUUUUUCUGUAAAAACCAUCUCUGUCCAGUCUCUUCAGACUCUGCUGUGACUUCCCCUAGAGUCGUGGUGGCUUUACUUGAAAGCAGAGCUGAGACAAGGAAUCCUUGACAUGAACGGGGCCCAGGUGAUGGGUCAGCUGGGUCUUUAGAGACAGGACCUGACACUGCCAAAGGCUUCCUGUCUGCCACAGUUCGGCACCUGGCCUUGCUGAGCCUUCACGCAUGGACGAAAGCGCAGACGUGUGGCCGGGCUGUGGCUGACAUCCCCGGGUUGGACGACGGAGCAGAGGCUGAGGUUCAAAGCAGGGCUGGCUGAGGCCUGGGGUCUUCCUGCAGCUCGCCAGCCAGCCAGCCAGCGAGGCGGUUGUGCACGAGUCCCUCGAGGCCAUAUUCUCUGCCAGGUCUGGGUUCCUUGGGAAAUGAGACCGGCUGCACGUGCCCUCGCUGCGCUCACAUGUGGAAGGGGCUCACCUCGGUACCAGGGAGCUGAGCUGUAAGAAAGGCCGCAGGUGUGUCUGAGUGUGGCUCCAUCUGUCACUGUAUCUGGGGUGGCCUCAGGAGUGGGAAAACAGGUGGCCCCUGUCCCCAAAUAUGUCACAGUCCUGAACUUGCACCAUUAUUACCUCAUUCCUUUGGUUUAAGGAUUUAUUUUCAGCUGGUGCAGUUACUCAACGAAGGGAGGGUAGGGAUGGUGGGUAGAGGAGCCUGCGGUGGGGUCUCCCACUGGUGGGAAAUGGCAGGGGCUGUUAGGCUGUGGGCCUAUUUGCCCCAGUCCUGCACACCUGACCUGACAUGGGCCAGGGCUCAUGGGGGCCAGGGGAUCAUGGCAUUGGGGGAGCCCAGGUCACCAGGGCUCGACACAGAAUGACUUGACUGCCCAAGGAUCUCUCCAGGCCCACGGAGGAUGGAGUGGGCUUACAGUUGAAAAUCCAAGCUCCUGAGACAGAACCUGCCAGCCCACCUUUGAGGAGCCAGGUUAGUGUCUGCCGAGGGUCAAGGGCACGGGAGGGUGGAGUCAGGGCCCACAUGCAGCCCAGCCAUGAUGUGGCCCUUUCCUGGGCCGCCUUCUGCACCUGGGAACCCAGGCCCUGACAGCAGGCUUCCCCCUGCCCCCAGGGACUCACGGAGGUGGAAAUGAUUCAGGCGACAAUGGGAUCAUUUUAGAUACAGGAGUGACAUGCUACCACCAAGGAGUGAGGUGAGAAGGGCACGCUUCUGGUCAGAAUGCCUUCCAAGGCCCCUCAUGGGCUUUUCCCAGAACCAUGCCAUUCUCACUUCUAGCUGGGCUGGUAAAAUGCCACCCCUGCUUAAAAAUGACAGCCAAUCAGAAUCACUACUGCCAGGGAGGCAGGGCAGAGGGUUGGCCUCGCCUGCCUUUUAAAAUGGGGUCAAGCAGGUUUUCCUGUAGGCCUGAGGCGCUGGGCUCUGUCCGCUGCAGCUGGGGCUGUCCUCUGUGUGUGGUGUGGGAGGGCACUUCAUGCCCAGCCCUGCUCAGGGGCUCCCGGAGCCCAGUCACCGGUGGGGCCAGACUGGAGAGAGCAAAUGGCUGUGGGACCUGAGGGGGGUGGUGAGGAAUGGGGUUGGGGAGGGCACUUCCCCACAGGCCACAGCUGAGCAGGGUCUUCAGGACACAGCUGGUCUGGACAUGUGGGCAGAGGGCGUGUACCCGGCAGAGAGCAGCCACGCGGGGCUGGGAGGUGCCUGUGGUCACCCUGCUUGGCUGCUGUGUGCCAAUCUGUGCCACCUCCAGGCUGCACCUGGCUGGCCAGGAUGGCAGGCUGGGCCUGGCCCCGCUUGGGAAAGGAUAGUGAAGCCGCCUCCCACCUCAUCUUGACUGAGAUACGUCUUUGCAGGUGGCGCCCCGGAGCCCUGCCCUGGUAGCUUGCUGCCCUGAGACAACAGGAUGGGCCCUGGGCCUCACUCGCCAGGCUGCACAGCCUCAGCCCAUGGAUGGGCCGCAGCUGGAUCUGAAUUUGCCCUGGAGACACAGACCACCCUGCCUCCCACCUUGCCCCUCGUGGGGCAGCCUGGCAGUUGUUCAGGCUCUCAGGACUGGCCACCAGCGUAGUUUACAGGUCUCCUCUCAGACCUCAGACUUUCUGGGUUCCCUUCAGGCUCUGCUCUGGGAGGUGGUGGAUCUCAUUAUUUGUACAUUUCUUUUGAAUUUGAAAUAAAGUAUUGGAGGUCGGA